AUGCGCCUUCAAAUGUACCACAGAGGCUCAUGCUGCCCAAACCCAGAUGUCUCCAUCAUUUAUUAUGUGAUUGUGCCAAGAAUUCAUUCGUCCUCGGUAUGGAUAGAGUCGGGUAACGAAGACAACGUUUUCGAUCUCAACGUGCAGCGACAGUUUUCGAUACUGAAACUCCUCAAAAACGCCAUAGAUAUCACGAAAUCCGAGUAUAACCUGGUCUUCGUUGCCAGCGACGGACAAAUGCCACAACGUCUGUCGAAUGCUACCCUCAAGGUUCCUGAAGAUACUAAGGUCUAUAAUGAAGCAAAGUUGACGUCCUCUCCGGUGAUUGUCGAACGAGAGCUAAGCGUUUCUAUAGCAGAGGAUUCACCUGUGGGUACUUUCGUGGCGCAAGUGCAUACGAAUUCGUCUGGAUGCGAGUUCACCCUGAGCGGGGAUGUUCCAUUCGAGGUGGAUCGAGAAAGCGGAAUUAUCACCACCGUGUCGACUAUGGAUGUCAACCGAAGGGAUAACUAUGCACUGGAAAUCCUUGUCCAGCUUCCUCCACCAAGCAUCCAUACAGUAACCGCGACAGUUACUGUAAUGAUCAUCGAUGUGAACGACCAUGCGCCAUCAUUCGUCGACUUGCCAGAUCAAUUAUCGAUUUCUGAAGACACGACGGUUGGAAGCGUGGUGUUCACUGUGAAGGCGUUGGAUGAAGAUGUCAAUGACAAUGUGCCGGAGUUCCCGUGCUCAAUGGUGCACUCAGUGUUACCCAUAAAUUCACCACCAGGCACCGUAGUUACUACCGUACACGCAGAGGACCGCGAUUCGGCUAGCGCCGGACAGGUCCACUACGCGCUACUUGAUGCGAUCACUGGCUUCUCAAUAGACAGCUCCAGUGGCGUUAUUCAGACGACCGAAGCGCUACAGGAUAAGCAGUAUACG